UUUGUCUUCCCUCCACACAACGUGCACCCUUGCAGGAUGAUUCGUGGUCCAUCCCCGAAGAACCAAACUUGUAAACCCCAGAAGUGGCGUCACUGGCCAGAUCUGCGGCAAGGCGCUGUGAUCACGUGACACCAGCUGACAAAGACGCACCCGACUGUACACCUCCUGUCCGCUGGCACCCCUUGUCAAUCUGAAAAUGCGGCCAGUGCUGGCCGCCGCGGUUCUAACCGCGGUCCUGCUCCUCCUCCAGGGCUCCUCCCCGGCCCAGGCCACACGGAGCCCGUGGAACGGCGAUGCCGAGAGCGAACUAGACUACCAGACGGAGGGUGAGUUCUUCCCCGCCGAGGAGGAGGAACCCACCUUCCGGCGGCAUCGGCACGGGAAGAAGCGGGCUGAUGACGGGAACGACGAGGAGGACGAGGAAGAACAUCUAGCCGUCGGCGGUGUCGAGGACAUUGGAACCGAACCACAGGCCCACAAGCACCACCACCACAAAGACAAGGCGAGGCCCGCUUCUGCUGAGAGCCGUGAGAUGGCCUGGGGUGAUGGCGGUGAGGAGGCGGCGUGGAACGGAGACGCCAGCACCACCACUGACUACGAAGAGGAGUGGGCCGGACGGAAGAAGGGACGACACGCCGGGAGGAAGGGCAAGAAAGGAGGGAAGAAGGGACGGAAGAAGGGAAAGGGACACCGGAACAACAAGAAGAACCAGAUACCAGUGCCACCUGGCGGCGAGCCGGAGAUCGUCACCUUUGAUGACAUCAUGGGACCGGCGGAGGACGCGGAGAGCCGUCCUUCUGUCCUGCCGCCGGUCGUGUCCAAAGCGCCCCCUGGCGGAGAUGCUGUCGCUACAAAACUGCCCGACGUUCGCCCCACAGAGACGCUCGGUCAGGACGUGAAGAAAGGGAGGGGAGGCAGAGGGAGAGGGAAGGGCCGUGACCCGCCCCGGCUGAACGGUGCCCAGGACGUCCCCACCUCCGACCUGGAGGACUUCCUGGGAAUGAGACUGCCUCACAACACCACCGACGUCUCCUGCGAACUGCAUGAUGAUUGCUUCGAAGGUGAGUGCUGCAAUGCGAACAAGGGGAAGUGUGUAGCGUACAAACAGGAGCAGGGCCAGCGCUGUAAGGACUCCUGUAUGUGUCGGAAGGGUCUCCGUUGCUUUGUGCGCAAAGCGAAGAAGAUGGUAAAGACAGGAAAGAUCCGAGGACAAUGCAUGAAUCCGGACGAUCCUGACCUACCCAAGGGAGGUGCAUUCCUCCCUGAUAUCUAGCCAAUAAUGAAAAACACUGAAAGCAGAUAAGGCAGGGGAUAACAGUUAGAUAUUCGUCACAUAUUUCAGUAGACACAUAGGAAGAAAUAAAGUAUUACAACAAAGUGAUAUCUGAAGGAACGAAUAUGUACGUACAUAAUGCAGAAAGCUUAUGGCCAAAGAAUGCUUAUUUUAGCACGAGUGAUGAGAAACAUACAACUGUAUUCAGCAAGGUUGCAAGCAGCAGAGAGUCUCAGAAAUUUCCAUCUCACCAUGAAGGCAGUAUUAGAAAGACAAGAAGUCUGUUCGAAUCAUGCAGAUACAGAAGUUGUGUUUAAAAAAAUUCCUAAAAGUGUAAAAAUUCAAGCCGCAUUCUCCCCUAAAAGCUGGAAUGCAGAAGCCCACAACUAUGGUUCCAGUCUUCUUUCAACGUGUCGAGCAGAUACUACACAGAGGAGCGCAAUCUACAAGGAGACAACAAGUGUUCGACAGAUCCUAUCAAUGGCAAAAAGCAGCGGCCACUCUCUCAAU